UCAAAAAAAUUCUAAAGCAGAAAAAAACACCCUUUUUCCUUAGAUAAAUGUAACAAAAAACAAUUAAAAAUAUAUAUAACAAAAAGGUAUUAUUAAAAAAAUUGGUUGUUUCCCGGGAAAUUCUCUAUGCCUCUACCUUAGGCAGUUAAAAUAUUAAACUACUAUUGAGAAAUAAAAAUUCUUGAAACUUUUCCUUCCACUUAAUUUUUGAAACAACAGGUAAUCUCUAUCAAUUCUCUCCCAAUCCCCCCACCUAAUUCAUUUUUAUCCCUUCCUUAUCUCUCUUGUACAUUCUCUUGUUCUUCCUGUAAUUUUAUUUUCUUUUCUCUUUAGGCCUCAAAACCCCCCAAAAUAUUUUCUUUAAACUUAAUUCUUCCUCCCCUCACCCUAUAAAUCCCUCCAUUUCUUCCUCUAUUUGUCCCUCUGUCUCCGCCUUCAUUAUUUUCCAAUAAUAUGGGGGGCUGCUGUUCCCAGAGCGACCCCGACUUAUCAAAUGAUCCUAUGGAUCCCUCUAGAGCGGGCCAAUCCUCAAAACCUGGAAUCUCCGGGAAGUCUGGGAAACCUGCACAAAUUGGGCCGGUUUUAGGCAGGCCGAUGGAGGAUAUCAAGUCAACAUACACAAUUGGAAAAGAACUUGGACGGGGACAAUUUGGUGUGACCCAUUUGUGCACAAACAAGGCAACUGGCGAGCAAUUUGCGUGCAAGACAAUAGCCAAGAGGAAACUUGUGAACAAGGAAGAUGUGGAGGAUGUAAGGAAGGAGGUUCAAAUAAUGCAUCAUCUUACUGGGCAGCCUAAUAUUGUGGAAUUGAAGGGAGCUUUUGAAGAUAAGCAUUCAGUUCAUCUUGUAAUGGAACUUUGCGCAGGCGGGGAGCUUUUUGAUCGGAUUAUCGCUAAAGGACAUUACACAGAAAGGGCGGCGGCUUCGCUUUUGAGGACGAUAGUGCAGAUCGUUCACACUUGUCAUUCCAUGGGUGUUAUCCAUAGGGAUCUCAAACCUGAAAAUUUCUUGCUCUUGAAUAAGGAUGAGGAUGCUCCUCUUCAAGCUACGGAUUUUGGUCUCUCUGUCUUUUACAAGCAAGGGGAAUUAUUUAAAGAUAUAGUGGGGAGUGCAUAUUAUAUAGCACCAGAGGUAUUGAGAAGAAGAUAUGGUCCAGAAGUAGAUAUUUGGAGUGUUGGGGUGAUGCUUUACAUUCUCCUAUCCGGAGUUCCUCCAUUCUGGGCAGAAUCGGAGCACGGGAUUUUCAACGCCAUCUUGAAAGCACAUGUCGAUUUCACAAGCGAUCCCUGGCCGUCGAUUUCUCCAGGAGCCAAAGAUCUUGUCAAGCAGAUGUUAAAUUCUGACCCCAAGCAAAGGCUAACUGCCUUUCAAGUUCUCAAUCAUCCAUGGAUCAAAGAGGAUGGAGAAGCACCUGAUACACCACUUGACAAUGCUGUAUUGGGAAGACUAAAGCAGUUUAAAGCGAUGAACAAUUUCAAGAAAGUUGCUCUUCGGGUCAUUGCUGGAUGUUUAUCAGAGGAAGAAAUUAUGGGAUUGAAACAAAUGUUCAAAGGAAUAGACACAGACAACAGCGGCACAAUAACACUUGAGGAGCUAAAGCGAGGAUUAGCCGAACAAGGAACAAUAUUAUCAGAAAGCGAAGCUAAACAAUUGAUGGAAGCUGCUGAUGCGGAUGGAAAUGGGACCAUUGAUUACGAUGAAUUCAUUACUGCGACGAUGCAUUUGAAUAGAAUGGACAAAGAAGAGCAUCUCUCCACUGCAUUCAAAUACUUUGAUAAGGACAACAGCGGGUUUAUUACUUUAGAGGAAUUGGAGCAUGCCCUUCGCGAUUACGGGUUGAAUGAUAGUAAUGAUAUACAAGAAGUAAUAUCAGAAGUUGACGCUGAUAAUGAUGGACGUAUCAAUUAUGACGAGUUUGUGGCUAUGAUGAAGAAGGGUAAUCCAGAUGCAACACAAAACCCUAAGAAGCGACGUGAUGCGUUUGUAUAAUAACAUUUAAACGUCAAUCGCGACAUCUUAUGCAAAUGGACAUGUGUCCCCCCUAAUGUUGUUCUUAGGGAAGUUAAACGAUAUAUAAGAUUGUAUGUCCUUAAAAAAAACCUCAAACGAGAUGUCGUGUAUAUUAACAAAUAUGAGAAAGGGUUGAUUUAAUUUUUCCCUUCUCUUUCGUGUAUUUGACGACGAUUGGGGACAUUUUAGUUCGUCGGAUCAAUUGGUCAAGAAUUUUUAAGAGGGAUUCAUUCAUUUGGGGUGGGGGGAGGGGUUCUCUAAUGUAAUGUUUCUUCAAUUAUAAUAGCCAUUAUUUGUUA